UGUUUCCUCUGUCGUCGUUUCCCUCCGUUCUACAGCAGCCGGAACCCUCGGCACUCUGUCCGCUGUUUCCGGUGGGACACAUUUGACACGCACUAUCAUCUAGAAGAAGCUGGAAAGACAGUCGUUUCUUUGACGUUUGUAUAAUUAUGACUUCGAGUCCAAUGUUUCUGCUGUAAUAAUAAUAGGUUUCUGUGAAAAAACAAAAACAAAAUGGCUGCUCCUCCUCCGAGGUGUCCGGGCUGCGGCUCCUCCAACAUCGUACAAGAUGAUUUAUACGCCCAGGCUCAGAUGGUCUGUGUGGACUGUGGUGCCGUGGUGUCUGAGGGGUCGCUGGCCGAUGAACAUGUCGAAGGUUCAGGUGUGAAUUUUGUCGUAGCCAGGAAUUCACCCAAAAGAUUAUGUCCGAACCUCAUAAAAGGUCUGCAGCGCGUGAAGGCCAUCUGUCAGACCUUGAGGGUCCACGCCGGCCUCGAGAGUCUCUCGGUGAGCCAUUUCAAACAGGCCUAUCAGCACCAGAGCUUCAUCAACGUGACGCUGCCCAAAAAGGAAAUCCUGGCCGGCUGCUGCGUGCUGGUGUGCUGCAGACAGCUCAACUGGCCCGUUACCAUGGGAACCAUCAGCUACCUGGUGGGCGCUGAGGUGGACGAGGUGGGCGCCGUUUACCAAGAGAUGAUCAGGAUUCUCAAUGUCACCUCGCCGACUGUUUGCGUCACGGAUGUCAUGGCUUCACACUGUCAAGAGUAUAAAAUUAGUUCCCUUCAUGUUCCUGAAGAACUGGCAGAGAACCCAGCGGAGCUGACCAAACGAGCCGUGUCUCUGGUGGAGCUGGCGGCAGGUUCCUGGAUUGAAGUCAAAGACUUUGCUAGAACACAGAAGAUGCUGUCUGACUCUGGAAGUAAAACCUCGUAG